ACCAGCACAGCCUGAGAGAGAUCUCACAGCACACUCCCGCAGCCCGGCGUGCUGAGAUGCAACCCCUGCGGUGUUUCUCCAUCCUCCUGCUCGCAGUGUCAGUCAGCUCCCAGGAGAGCGACGGGUGUCUGAAGCGGAUCGGUGAGUUCUCCGUGCUGCAGCAGCCCCCGCGGGUGGUGAAGGAAGCUGGAGACUCUGUAGAGAUGAACUGCACCCUGGCGCUGCCCCCGGGACACCCCAGACCCAGCAGUGUCCUCGUCACCUGGCACAGGGGGCACAGAGGGGACGGCCUGACGGGCACUGGGAAGCUCUCCGAGGUGGCGGAGCUGCGAGGGCGGGUGGAGACGGCGUGGCUGGAGAACGUCUCUGCCAGCACCCUGCACAUCCACACCCUGCAGCGCAACGACUCGGCCCUGUACCUGUGCCUCUUCGUCGUCUUCCCCUCGGCCCAGCCCUGCCUCCUAGAGGGGAACGGGACCCGCCUGACGGUGACAGGUUUCUCUGCUUGGGGGAACAGGACCCAGAUCAGCUCCGAGCACAGGGAGCUGCCGGAGCAUCACUGGACCAUCCGGCUGCUGGCGCUGGGAGCAGGGAUUGCUCUCACGGCUGCUGUUGUGCUUUGCCUGCACAGGAGGAGGGGAGGUGAGAGGCAGGAACUAAACCCAUAAUGCAGCUGCCGUUGUGAAGCAGCCACCCAAAGUGUUCCAGUUCGGGGCAUCUGCCUGCGCUUCCAGUCCAGUCACACCUCCGGCAGGUGAUAUGAUCCGCGUAACUCCAGACAGGCAGCAGUGCGGCCUGGGGCGUGCUCUUGAGAGCAAUAAGCUGCCAUAUUUCUGAGCGUGAAUUCUCACUGCGUUACAGGGACCCCCGAAUGAAGCUGGAGAAACCAUUACACAGACCAGACUGAGGAGAGCAACCAGAGCAAACUCCUGCACGGCGGCCAGCUGGGAACAUGCCUGGGUGGCAGCAGAUCGUGUGUGGGAAUCGGAGCAUCUUCCAGCUCAGCUCCUGCCCCCCCACCCCCUUCGUGCCAGCAGCAAAGAGCUCUCCUUUGCACACCCCUCUUGUCACGUGCUUCUCACUGCUCCAGAAUCCUUUACCGGGGGCAGGGAGAGGCUGUGUGACUAUCCUGCUGCCCCUUGCGGCUCGGCUGCCUUCAGCUAGGGAGGUGGGGGGAAGCCUCACCUCUUCGUUCUUGCUCCUCUGCCGACAGUCAGUGCAGCACUCGCGUCAUUGAUCUCCUCUGUGUCCUCCGCAACCUUCGCAUUCACAUCAGGGCCAGCGACUUCCUGCCACUCUCCUGCCAUGCCGCACUGCUUCUGCUUCUGCGUCGUGGGGAGAUAUCACAGCCACAGCAGUGAACGGCUCUUCGGUGACUCUGAAUUUUACAUGCGCUUUGU